AUGCAGGACUUCAAGAGAGGCCUACUGCCGUUCAGACAUAGAGUCACUUUGUCUAAGGACAUCUGUCCUAAGACNAAAGAGCACAAACUGCAAUGCACAGUCUUCAUGCUGACUGGUAACGCGACAAUCUGGUGGCAUUCGGCAGAAAAGAUGAUCGAUAUUGAAGGUGACCUUGCAACCUGGGAACAGUUCAAGGAAUGUUUUUAUGAGAAGUACUUUUCGGCCAACACCCGAUACAAUAAGCAGGCAGAAUUCUUGAACCUGAAGCAGGACGCUAUGUCGGUGGAGUAUGAACAGGAAUUUGAUAAGUUGUCCCACUUUGCUCCUGAACUAGUAGCCACCGAGGCAUCGAGGAUCGAGAGAUUUAUUCAGGGUAUGAGGAGCGGACUGCGAGACAUGGUACAUACCUUAGACCUUAAGACAUAUGUUGCGGCACUGCGGGCCGCCGUGAAGAUUGAUGCUGACUCUCAGGUGGGAGAGGAUUACAGAAGGUCGCUCGGGAUUGGGGUCUCCACAGGUCAGAAAAGGAAAGCAGACCAGAAGACUUCUGAGUCUCAGCAAAAGAAACCUGUAUCUAUUAAAGAAGAAAAUCUGAUCUGUAACUCAUGCGGAAAGCGUCACUGGGGUCGUUGCUUGGCUGGAGCAGGGGUAUGUUAUCGUUGUGGACAGAAAGAGCAUAUGACAUAUGAGUGCCCUAGUAGGAGCACUACAGAUGGUAGGGACCAACCUUCGAGUUAA